AUGGCGGAGGUUGACAUCGGAAAACAUUGCUCUGUAAAGACUUGCAAACAACUCGAUUUUUUGCCGUUUCAGUGUAGUGCCUGUUCAGGAAUUUUCUGUUUGGAUCAUAGGAGCUUGGAUAAUCACAACUGUUCCCAGGUAAACAUAACGCAUGAGUACAACCCACUAGACGCACCAACAAGCUAUGGCUGUUGCUUUAGUGAAUGCAAGGAGAGAGAACUUAUACCGGUCUGCUGUGAGCAUUGCCGACAGAAUUUCUGUCUCAGCCAUCGACAUCAACAAGAUCAUGAGUGUGCUAAGCUGGAAGAGAGGACACCCAGAAUGGCUAAAACGGCACAACUUGUGGAGAAAAUACAAGAAAGCUACAAAGCUAAGGAAGCAGUUUCUACGAAGAGGAAGGUUGGAGCCAAGUCACAGAAGACGGCAGCUAAAGUUGCCUUGAUGAAGAUGAAGAUGAAAGCAUUGGGAGACAAGGGCAUUCCUCAGACUGAGAGACUUUACUUCAAGGUUGUUCUUCCUCACGAUGAGACGUCGGAACUUGCGAGUCAGGCGAUGUUCUUCUCCUCAGUGUGGAGUAUAGGCAGAGCGAUAGAUAAAGUAGCUACCACUGUUAAACUCAGAAAUGAGAACAACAUUGCAACAGCCAAGAAAUUAAGGCUAUUCCAUCCAGAAACGGGGGAAGUUCUUGCGAUGGAAACCACGUUGAACACCCUGUUAGAGGGUGAGAACCCCCUCUAUAAUGGGGGAGCCAUCAUUUUAGAAUAUGUUCCGGAUUCCUGCACUGUAUUGGAGAACAUUGACGACUACUUAUAACAAGGACAAAUUUCCUUCCUCCUGGAUGAUGUGCAAUGACCCCCUAAAGACCCAUAAACGAGUGAUGUCAUAGUCUACUGUUUAAUCUUGAUGGUGCUGUUGUAGGAAUCGUACGUACUCCCUAGCUUGUGGUAAACAUUGAUGCAUUGGUCGCUGGAUGAUUGAUCACUGAUUAGGAAGGACUAAUCACACCAACUGAAAUAAAAAGACUGAUUCAUUUGGAGAGAUCAAAUCGGUUUGUGUAAACAGCUGGAUUCCAUUUUGUCAAUAUCCUCGGUGUCAAAUGGGUAGACCCGAAUGUAUGGCCAGUCCUCUGCCGUAGUAGACUGGAAUCCCGGAACGCUCGGACAAACAUUGAGUCGAAUAUUAUGACAAACAAAAGUAGUUGAAACAUAUUAAUAUUUUAAAAUAUUUUUAAAAUAUUUUUUUUAUGCAAGUCGCCAG